GUCCCAAAUAGCUUUUCUCAUUACCAUCAAGCUUUUGUUAAUUUUGUGUUGCGUUGUACCGAUUUAAUUUAUUAAAUUCGUUGUAUUAUUUAAUUUGCUUGUAUGCUGGAAUCAGUUGUACUAUUAUUAUUCACUAGUCAUUGCGAAUUCAACCAUGCAGACGAACAUAGAUACAUUUUUCAAAGCCCGCAAGCGUCCAGCCACCGAUGAACUUCCUGGCUUUCCUUCAAAAUUGGUCGCCAGAAAAUUAUUCGACGGUGAUUCUGCUGCAGAUAACGUUUGCACACAACGGAAUGAAGAAACCGAACGUACAGAUAAUAAUGAAAGUCAGAGAGAAAAAACUCCUCCGCCGAAUCCAGAAUCCACCCCUGAGUCUGACAGACCAACCACCCCAACUCAGUCACCAGCUACUCAAGAAUCAUUACGACGAAAACUACAUUUAGGUGAAUUUAAGAACGUUAUUCGACAACAUAAAAAGUACUCCACUUUGAAGAAGAAAUUAGAAAAGUAUAACGCAACCGCAUCUCGAUUAAAGAAAAUUGAAGAUUCUCUAACCGGACCAGGCACCGCUGAAUUGAAGAAAUUUGAUAAAGUCGAGCUCGAAGUACCAUCAAGUCCGGUUAAAUGUGGAACGCUCAAACCCAAAAGGUUGUUUUGGACUAGUCCUAUUCGAUCUCCAGUUAAAGAUCUACCUUACGUAUCACCAAAGAAACUUCUCAAUGAAGGUCCCAAACAAACAACUCCGGUUAAACCUGCUGCAUUCGAAAGAUACAAUCAUUUGUUAGCUUCUGGAAAAGAUGCUUUGAUACUACCUCAUAAAUAUUUAGUCCUCAAAGAGGUAUUCCGUUCCGUGGACAUCAUCACCAAGAUUAAAACAGAUCGAGGUGAAAUGAUCACUUUCGAUAAACUAAAGAGAGACGUUCAAAAAAUGUUGAGCAGAAAUUUCGAAGAAUCGCGGCUGGGUCAAAUAAAAGCUGUUUAUCCUGAAUCGUACGAAUUCUCGAGAGAGCGCGUCAAAGUUGCUUGUUCGACCGAAGAAAGAUACCAGUUAGUAAUUAAUAGACUAUCUCACACAGUUAAGAAAGACGAUGACUCUGAGCCAAUAGAAUUGACAAAUUCCGAAAGAUUGAAAAUUUUCCACGAACGUUUACUGAUUAAAACGAAGACUUAUCAUCAAGAAUUCCUUUCAAAAUUAGACCCACCUAUCGUCGUAGAAUCGGAUAAAUUGAAACAAUGGCAUGCAGAGUUUGAGCUUGAUAAUGUCCCCGAUGUUGUACCUGAGCCACUACCUCAACCUCCCGUUCAAUAUGAAGUAUUCACAGCCAAAAGUGUUCUAGCAAGAGCUCACGACUUGACCUCAGUUAACAAACGUAUGGAACGAGCUGUAUCAGCGGUGGCAGCAGAAGAGAACAAAGAAACCAAAGUAUCAGAACCCAGUACACCGUCAACUCCGACCAGCACAGCGGAUAUUCCAAGAUUGAAAAAAGCUCUAAAAAAUGUUCCAAAAUCUCUGUUAGAAAAAAUUCGAGCUAAACAAGCUGCAAAGGCGGCUGAAACAAUGACUCAGACGCCAGCUGAAGCUAAAGAAGCCAUAAUGCUGUCACGUUUGCCGGAGUUGGCUCGUAUAAUGCGUAAUGUUUUUGUCAAUGAGAAAAAAGGUAUUUUGCCGGUGGAAGUUGUGAUGCUGAAAAUAGGCCACAGUUAUCGAGAGAAAUUAGUACAAAACGAUCUUAUGCAGCACAUGCAACUGAUAUCCAAGCACGUUCCGGGCUGGAUGAAUUUCUGCACUGUUCGCAAUGCUUCGUAUAUUCGACUGUCGAAAGAUGCCGAUAUGACGCGUGUCAUCGGCAAGCUACAGAAAUUAGCAAAUCCGUCGUAAUUUCGAUUUCUUUUAUACGUCAUUUUAUUCACGUUCAAUUUACAAUUUUUUAAAAAUAUAUUUAUAAGAAAUAUAAAAGGCGAAGACUGUAUCGAUAAAUUAGGUUGUACGUAUUGGUGAUCUAUUCUCCCAAGUUUUUAUAUCUCCGUUUCUGUGCAUGUUCGAAGCAAAUUUAAAUCUGUUUGAAAUUUUUUCGAGUAUAUUUUUCGUUUGUUAAUUCGUAUCAUAAUUUAUAAGAUAUUGAUUUGAAAUCUUCUAAUUAUUAACAUUUUAUCGUUAACGAUAAUGUCUUGAAUUUUUUUCUAGAAAUAGUUUGUUGUUAACGCGUAAAUGUUGAAGUUUUGAUUUCGAAAUUUUCUUUCUCCGAGCAUUUGUGUAUUUUUUACGCAAACAGUUCUGAAUUUUUCAUUUUUUUAAAAAUUUCAUACGAUUUAAAUUUGAAUGAUAUUUAAUUGGAGGGAAAAAACGCGCGUUCAAUCUCGAAUUUAUUAUAUCCUAUUUUAUAAGGUUUUUAAAGUUUUUUUUAUGAUUUUUUUUAUUUAUUUAAUUCCAUUUUAUUGCGGAAUUCUCAUGAGCUGAAGAUCAUUGUUGUGUUCAUUUCAGCGUUUAUUCCUGUGCUUUUGGUUUCGGAUCGUUUAUCGGAUAUACCUAUCUUUAAAUUUUUUUAGCAGUAUUUCGUUUUAAAUUUAUUUUAUACCGGAUUGUGGAUUUUUUGCAUGCGCUAAUAAUAAAGACGUAUUUGCUUGAUGACUAAAA